AUGUCCAAGAUCAAUAUAGCAGUAGUUGGCGGUGGUAUUGCUGGAUUAGCUCUAGCUGCUGGCCUGGCUAAGAAGCUGCAUCUCAGUGUGCACGUAUAUGAAGCUGUGGGCGAGUAUUUGGAUGUCGGGGCGGGCUUAGCACUUCAUCGAAACGCUAUCAGGGCCAUGGCUCUUUUGGGGCCUGAACAUAAAGAUGAACUCGUAGCUAAAUUAGGAAGGGCGAAGGGAAGGAAGAGUGGCCCAAAAAUCCAACUCAAAUUUGUGACCGGUAUGUCUACGUUCGCCGACUGUCUCCUCGGGGCAGAUGGUGUUCCUAGUGUUACAAGAUCCUAUCUGUUAGGGCCCGACCAUCCAGCCACUGGGCCCAAAAACCACGGUGAGGAGGCGAGAAAGCAGAUUAACCCUACUUGGAAGACGUCUGUGCCUAUCCUGCCUGGGCCGAGCGGCCAUAUCAACUGUACACCAUUAAACAGGAAUACACGCCUCAGUGCUGGUGUAGCCGUUCGAGACGACCAUGAUCAUGCACCCUUCUAUUCAUGCAACAACGUGGCCAUGCUCGGAGACGCUGCGCAUGCCUCUCUACCCUUCGCGGGGAACGGAGCAGCGCAGGCGUUGGAGGAUGCAGCAGUUCUCAAUUAUAUCGUCACCGCGCAGCAGGCGUUUCGCCAGGUACGACGGCCGAGGAGUCAGUCUGUUGUUGACCUGGCGCGGAAGCUCGGGCGUGUGUAUGCCUUCGCGGAAGAUGGAAUGCAUGGGGAUCCGAUGAGAACGAAGGCAUUCUUCGCGGAGAUGGCCGCCUUCACCAACGACUUCGACGUCGAAUCCCAGAACCAUGAGGCAUUAGGGCCGUUUCGCCAAUCGCUCGAAGGCGACGUGGAUGCUCGAGUGUGGAGUCCUCCUGUACUGUCAAACUGA